AUGAAUGAUCCGCUCCGCCCCGGCCUUCAGCCGAUAUCUCAUCUUAAGGUUGGGCCGACAACUUCCAGCUCCAGAUCCACCGCGCUGCCUUCCCCGACGGCGCUUCAGCCUCCUUUGCGUCCUUCCUCCCGACACCGUACACAAAGAGAUUCUGGCAAGGAUGACCCGGACUCUGCCAGUGACAAGGCAACCACUGCUCUGAUCCGACGCGUCCUGUGCCCCCAGGCAAGCAUCUACGGGGCAUCUUCCCCACAGCUUCCGGAAGAGCUGUUACCUCCCCUCACGAGCUCCAAUGACGUUGAUCGUCAACUCUACGCUCUUCUCGCCACCAUAAUAAAAGAAUUUAUAUACUCGUGGUACUCUAAGAUUACCCCUGACCAGGCUCUUGUGAAUGAAGUUCUACAAGUAAUCGCGCAUUGCACGCGUGCACUCGAACAGAGGCUGCGUCAAAUCGACGUUGCACAACUAGCCCUGGACGAGAUCCCUGGCCUGGUGGAGGCACAUGUACUCUCGUACAGACUUGCCAGGCAACGGUCACAUCUUUCUGGCCUACCGACGUCGUACCGUACGCUCUAUCAUGAGCUAAAUCCACACCCUGGUCUUUCUCCGGUACCUGAUCCAGGAGAUCCGGAUACAAUCGCAGAGCAGAUAGAGAACGAAGCGGUCUAUCGACGACUGCUCGCCAACGGAAUCCUAGCGGUGCUUCUUCCAACGGAAGAUCUCGAGAACGACAUUCUCCGAGCGCUACUAGUUGAUAUUAUAUCAGAUCUGAUCUUAGGAAAUCAAGUCAGUGGUAGGAUAUGCGAAGGAUGGUUCAUUUGGGAAACUAUAGGCAAACUCGCCGCUCUAGUGGGACACAGUCAAACUCAAGAUGACACAAAAUCCGCCCCGGAAUCUCGAUUAGAGAAAUUUGGUUUGCUUUCAACCAGUGAUGAACUCCCAGACCAGCAGUCGGCCCCGUUCUUGGCCACAGCUUGGAUAUGGGACCUUCUGCAAAUGAUUUAUCUUGGUUACGUCGUCUUGCGUUUCAUUAUGACAGGAUUGUUUCGUGUCGCAUCGAGUCCAGGCCCUUCUUCGCACGGUGUCGGUGUUUCACCUGCAUUACCCAACAGCCAGAAUAGCGAGGGUAUGGAGUCGUCAGAUGGCAUCACAAGUAGGCGCCCGGUUCUCGACUAUCGGAUGUACUCCAUGGUUUCCCAGAUACUGGGAAUGUCAUGGAGAAUGCCAUGGCUGAGUGGCUUGCUCGCUCUAUUCCAACACCUUAUUUUGGCAGGCCCAGGCAGGAUCGGUGCUACGGACGGAAUUUUUGAUAGGUGA